AUGGCACUGACCAACAACAAUAUUCUAUAUAGUUCAAUCCAUAACACCAAGUUCCAAACUUGUGUUUUUGAUGAGACAACAAUGGAGAUUAACACUGUUAUGUCUCAUGGUAUCAAUGAAGAAGAAGAAGAAGAUGGUUCACAAAGCAAUGAAUCAGCUUCUGCUUCUGCCACUACUCAUUCUUCUACCAAAAAAGGGUAUGUUUAUAACACUACAAGUUAUGAACUUGAAGAAGAAGAGUCUUUGAUUAAUUUCAAAGGUGAUGAUGAUAAGUUUUAUGAGAAUCUCAUACAAAGUAGUGAAUCUUUGCUUAGUUUUCAGCAGAGCUGGAAUAUGGCUUCCAAUGAGAACAAUUUGCAACAAUGGAAUCAUCUUAGUCCUAAAAGCAUCACAAAUUUGUGCAUGGUGCAAGGUUUCAAUGGCUUUGAAACUUCUAGUGGAAGCUAUGGAUCCAUAUUCAAUAGUGCUAAAGAGAAGCAAAAUGGUGAAAGUUCGUGUGGGUGGCUAUACUCAGAUCCAAAUGUCCCUUGUGAUGAGGAUGAUAGGUUAAUAAAAGAGUCGGAAACUCAUUAUUCCUUCGCGAAGAAGCGUUCUUCAAUGGGAGAGAACAUGCAACCUGCUAAUGCAAAGAAGCCAUGCACAACUGCAAGUAAAACGGCGAAACCGAAGUCAAAUCCAUCCAAAGAUCCUCAAAGUGUUGCUGCUAAGAAUAGAAGAGAGAGAAUAAGUGAGAGGCUCAAGAUCCUACAAGAACUUGUUCCCAACGGUUCCAAGGUUGAUUUGGUUACUAUGUUGGAAAAAGCAAUUAGUUAUGUGAAGUUUCUUCAGUUGCAAGUCAAGGUGUUGGCAGCUGAUGAAUUUUGGCCUGUGAAUGGUGGAAAAGCUCCUGACAUUGGUCAAGUAAAGCAAGCAAUUGAUGAAAUACUUUCAUCUCAAAGAUGA